CAUUUGCUAGUUUUUGUUUGUUGUGGCCAUUAUGACGUCAUAUUUAUUCGACAGCUGGGCUGUCAGAAUCCGGAAGUAUUUUAAUAACAUAGCGCCUCGGGUGUUCCUGUUUUUAGGUGCCAAUAAAGCACCAGAAUUAAUUCUAGGAAUAUUUCACAUAUAUUUUCGUCUGUUGAACGAGAUAAUGUCUGAGAAGACCCAGAACCAAACAGCAGAUCUGAACAAUGAGCAUGCAGAAGGAACCAUGGGAAACACAGAGCAAUCUGACAAGACAUCAUCAAGUGCGACAGCAGGAAGUAACAUUCGAUUCCAGAGCAAUAAAGAGGGAACAAUAGAAGCAAAUGCCUCUAUAGAAUCAGCAUUUUUUGAGAACGGAAAUCUCUCAUCUGCUUUAGCUUCCAGUCAGUCUGGACAGAACACCUGUGUUUUAAAGGAGAAACGUGUCAAUGAUUGCACCAGUGCAACUAUCCCACACUGUGGGAUUCAGAUCUGCAAAAUUGUAUAUUUAGAGGAUCCCACAAAAUCACAUACUAGGGAAAAACAUUUUAAACCUGAGAUGAUUGAUGAACAACAUUUAGCCUCUAAAGAAAAAAAGCCAUUUGUUUGCACUAUUUGUGAGAGAACUUUCACUGGAAAAUCUCAACUAAAUAGACACCAGAGAACUCAUACAGAGGAAAGGGUGUAUACUUGCUCUGAAUGUGGCAAAUGCUUCUCUCACAAACCUAGUCUGCUCUACCACUAUAAAACGCACACGGAUGAAAAACCGUAUAUUUGUCAGAUCUGUGGGAAGGGAUUUAAUGAUAGCUCAAGUCUGAUCGCCCAUCGGAGAACUCAUACAGGAGAAAAGCCGUAUGUUUGUCCCGAUUGUGGGAAAGGCUUCACGCAGAAGUCAAGUCUGGUUAGUCACCAUAGAACCCAUACAGGAGAAAAGCCAUUUGUGUGUCAGCAAUGUGGUAAAGGCUUCUGUCAAAGAUCAGGACUAGCGGUUCAUCUGAGAACUCACACAGGAGAGAAACCUUAUUCUUGUUCUGAUUGUGGGAAAAGCUUCUCGCAGAUGUCAAGUCUUCUUCAUCACAACAGAACACAUACAGGAGACAAGCCGUAUGUCUGCCCUGAGUGUGGUAAAGGCUUCACCCAGAAAUCAGCACUAGUCAUCCAUCAUAGGUUACAUACAGGAGAGAGGCCAUAUGUUUGUCUUACAUGUGGGAAAGAUUUUUAUGACAAGUCGCAACUGGUUAGACACCAUAAAAGUCAUUUGGGAGAGGAACUUAGCAAUUCUUAGCAAUUGGUUUGUAGCUAUUAAUAUGUCAUAUGAUAGGAAGAACUAAAACAAAGGGUAGGUAUGUAUUUAGGGGCAUUAACCUAUUAAGCACCAUCUGUACAUUUAUAUGUCUUGCAUAGCCAUGUUGAUGUGUAUAAAUGUCUAGUCCGGGGGGGGUUCAACUUUGGCACUCCAGAGGUUUUGGUACUACAUUUCCCAUGAUGCUUAGAUUAAAGUUCCUGAGCAUCAUGGGAAAUGUAGUUCCUAAACCUCUGGCUAAGCAAAAUGGGAAAUGUAAUUCCAAAACCUCUGGAGUGCCAAAGUUGAUCACCUCUGGUCUAGACGUCUAAAGAUAUAGGCUGUUUCUCAAAGCCCAGGCCAUCUAUCACUGUUUGUUGCCCCAACCCCCUGAACCCGUGAGGUAUGUUGUUACAAAUACAGUGAGUCAAAGACUGAAUCUUUGAUGUCCAAAAUACCCCUAAUUAUUAAGUGGUUCUCCUUUAUUCAUUUUUAUUUAUUUUUAAAAACAAAUUACAUUCAACUCUAUAUUUCUAUGAUCCAUAUGAAACCACACUAUGUAAUUGGAAAUAAACACCAUGUAAUUAUAACAUUUAUUCUACAGUCUUUCAAUAAAUUAGCAAAAAGAAUCUGGAGGUUAUUAGAACGGAUUGGAAUCUGGGUAGUGAAUGUUCUGCAGGAAAUAACAACAAAUAAUGUCUCAGCACUGAAAUUAGAUUACAUUUUUUUAAAUCAAGUCUCCAAUACUAUCUUAACGAUGUAUACAACUGAUAUAUUUAUGCUAUUUUUUUGUGUGUAUUAUUUUCAAGUGGUCUGUACAAAAUAUCCUAUACGACUUUUUAUUAAAAUAUGAUGUUACAAUAUA